GGGCGGGUAGCUAAGAGAGGCCCCCUGCUGGGGCCAUGGAAAAGCAGAAUGACUUCGGGGCCGCAGGCGGCGUUAAAGAGGAUUCCCAGGCUACCAGGGGAGUGCCAAGAGACAGCAGAGGAGUUGCGGCAGGGCCCGGGAUGUCCUCUGGAACAGUCUUGUUUCACGAUCCCGUGCCUUCCCUGCACUCCGCGGGAAGCAGUGCUAGUCCCAGCCAGUCUUCCGGGGUCCUGAGUUCCGGGCCCAACCAGCACUCUGGGGAGGUUACAGGUCAAAAAUUCUUUAGGGGCAUCCUAAAAGGCAACGGCCCCAUCCUUAGGCAAAAAUCCCCCACUACGGAGCGAAAGUCUCAGCACUGGGAUGAAAUGAACAUUCUGGCCACCUACCAUCCUGCUGACAAGGAAUAUGGAUAUAUGAAGGUGGAUGAGCCUAGCACUCCUUACCACAGACUGCAGGAUGGUGAUGAGGACCUAUCUGCGGGGUCCUCCCACACAAUGACUCCUGAGAUGCUAACAGAAAAGUUUGCUACAAUGGACAAUUUCUACCCCAAGGGUUUCCGGCAUGGUGAUAACACAGCUUCAGAGUCUCCAGACAACUUUUCCAAGACACACUCCAGUGAUUUUGACAAGCACCGCAAGACACACUACAAUGAAGGAAAGUACCUCAAGACUCAGAAAAACCUACGCCUGGACAAUAACAAGAACAGCAAUAGGGGUAGUGUCAGUAUGGACAGUAGAAGUCGAGGUGUGAUGCUGAACACAGAGCCCAGGCCUGUGGAGAGAGGCUGGGCAGGAAGACUGACCACAGGAAUCAAAGAUGACAUCCCAGCGACCAGGAACUACAUCCUAGAAGCCAAGGAUUCCCCUACCUUCAGAAAUCAGUCCCCAGCUUCAGCUGCCACCAAAUCAGAGAAGGUUGAUCUGAAACGCAAGGAGUAUUAUAGCAAAGGAAGAUACCUGAGGUGUUCUGCCCACCCAGAGGAGGACAUAGAGGAGGACACCCAAGAUGAGCAGCAGGAUGGCUCCUCAAGCUUGCCCUUGGUGAUUGAAAAUUCCAUAUGCACUGAGGUCCGUCUGCUAGACCACACAGGAAAUCCUUUUCAGAAUCACAAGACCACCAAGAAAUCCCUAUAGGAGACAAUGACCAUCACAGCCUGAUGAAACCUGCAGCUUCAUUGGACUCAGGAGGAGGAAAG